UCACAGACGGUUGCACAGGUAUGCCCAACGUCACUGUUGUUACGGAAAGUUAUUUUAGGUGUACUUUUGAGAAAACUUACGUGGACUUUAGGGUGUAAAAACAAGUGAAGGAUGAAGGAUGUCAGUGGUUUGGGCUUUGACUGGAUCCGGACGAUGUUUUUUCUGUGCGCUCUCGUGCCGCUUCCCGCGAGCGCAGACAUCACUUGCGCUUCGUGCUCCACGCCAAUUAAAAUGCGCGGGAAUGAAGCGCUCACGCAAGUUACGCCGACUAUUAUUGUCAACCGUCAGUCUGAAAGUGUAACGGUCGGCAGCGCCCUGAAAAGCAGGAUUUGGGGUCUGGAUAGACCUCAACUUUUCACCGAAGCGAACAGAGGCUCUCCCGGGAGACAAAACACAGAGAACGCGCAUUUAUUCGGAGAGGUUCAGGCGAGCCCAACUAAAGAAAAUGACGGAAAAGUUUAUUCAACAGUAUCUUCAGGAGGAUCCAGAAAAGUAAAGCGCAGUGUGUUCUCCUCAGAGCCCGAGAAAAGUGUAAACAGCGCAGCCGCGCCUCGGUUUGACUUCAGGCGGACAGGAGGAGUUGACGGUACCGGCAGAAGUCCGAAGCAAAACGAACCACAGCUUGUCACGUCCACCUUCGCCCUCUCCGGAGAUUCUGCUCAUAAUCAGGCCAUGGUGCUGUGGUCCGGACACAACAGCAGCGUGAUCCUGAUUCUGACAAAACUGUUCGACUUUAACCUCGGAACUGUGACAGAAAGUUCACUUUGGAGGUCUGUAGAUUUUGGGACGACGUAUGAGAAGCUGGCAGACAAAGUGAUGAGCAGAACAAUGCUUAGCUAUCUGUACGUCUGUCCGACCAAUAAGAGGAAGAUCCUGAUUUUGUCCGAUCCGGAGGUGGAGAGUUGUUUACUUAUCAGUUCGGAUGAAGGCGCAACCUUUCAAAAAUACAAUAUUAACUUCUAUAUUAUGAGUCUUCUGUUUCACCCUACGCAAGAGAAUUGGAUACUGGCUUAUAGCCACGACCAGAGGCUGUACAGCUCGAUGGACUUUGGAAAGAAGUGGAUUCUUAUAAAUGAACGGGUAACACCGGGGCGAUUCUACUGUACGUGUGGAAUUUUGAUCAGGGCGCUGAGUGGUCUGGAUAAAGAAGCAGACCUGGUGCACAUCGAGGCCCGAACUGACAGUGGACAAAUGCAAUAUAUUACCUGUCGAGCACAAAAGUGUUCAGAGGAGGGUAGGCAGUAUCCAUUCAGUGGCCGAAUUGACACCAACUCCUUGGUAGUGCAGGACCAGUACAUCUUUUUACAGCUAACCACAGGAGGAAGAACUACAUACUUUGUGUCAUACCAGCGAGGGCCCUUCAGGACCAUACAGCUCCCGAAAUACUGUCUACCCAAAGACAUGCACAUUGUCAGUACAGAUGAGGGACAGGUGCUUGCAGCUGUGCAGGAGUGGAACGAAAAUGACACCUACAGCCUGUACAUCUCUGACACGCCUGGAGUCUACUUCACUCGCUCACUCCCGAACCUGCGCACAUCCCGAGGGCUUGCUGGAAACCUCAUCGUUGAUGUCUACAAGGUGGCGGGUGUUAGUGGGCUGAUCAUAGCCAAUAAGAAAGAAGACACACAAAUGAAAACAUACAUCACCUUCAACAAAGGGCAGACAUGGGCCUUACUGCAACCCCCAACGAAAGAUGCUAACGGAAAUGACAUCAAUUGCUACCUGCCAUCGUGCUCCCUGCACCUUCACCUGCAGAUGUCUGAAAACCCUUACACACCUGACACCAUCUCCACCAAACACUCCGCUCCAGGGAUUAUUGUGGCCACAGGGAACAUUGGGCCCGAGCUGUCUUUUUCUAACACAGGAAUGUUUGUCUCUUCUGAUGCUGGAAACACAUGGAGACAGAUUUUUGAAGAGGAGCACAGUGUUUGGUUUUUAGAUCACGGAGGGGCUUUAUUAGCUGUUACCCAAUCUGCUGUUCCCACUCGGCAUUUAUGGAUUAGUUUGGAUGAAGGCAGACAGUGGGAUAGACUCAGCUUUUCAUCUACUCCUCUAUUUGUUGACGGGGUUUUGAUGACUCCAGAGACCGAAAAUCACAUCAUUACAUUCUUUGGGCACUUUAGUUACCACUCCGACUGGCAGCUGAUAAAGAUUGACUACAGCUCCCUGUUCGGGCGGAAAUGCACAGACGGAGACUUUCAGACAUGGCACCUGCAUAACAAGGGCGAGGUGUGCGUGAUGGGAGAAAGACAGGUGUAUAUGAAGAGGAAGCCCGGCACACGUUGCACUCUGGGUCGAGAGUAUUCUCGAGUCAUUUCAGCUGAGCCCUGCAUCUGCACCCUUUAUGACUUUGAGUGUGAUUAUGGAUUCGAGAGGCAGGCCAGUGGAAAAUGUUCACCUGCAUUCUGGUAUGAUGUCAAUUUACCUUCACACACCUGCAGCCAUGGACAACACUUCCGCAACAGCACAGGGUACAGAAGAGUGAUGUUAAAUAACUGUCGAGAGGGUCUAAAGGAUACACUGAGUCCCAAAACGCAGCAGUGUAAACCCAUUGCACCUAAGGGUCUACUGUUGAGCACCAGCAACUCCCAGCUCACUGCUAUACUGGGAACCAAUAUCACCUUCAGAGUAACACUGCAAAAUGGUGACUCCUUGUCCACAAGUCUCCAUGUUGACUUUGGAGAUGGCACCUCCGUGUCAUACUCUAACAUCAGUCGCCUUGGUGACAGCAUCACACACACGUACCGGAUCGCUGGGAUAUUCAGGGUCACAGCACAUGCACAGAACAGCCAGGGAUCUGACAGCAAUUCAGUCUAUCUCCACAUCACCAGUCCCGUGGAGCGUGUAUUUCUCUCGGCGCCGGUUGUCGUCACCAGAGGAAGAGAGGCCAACCUGACGGCAGUGCUGUGGCCCAGUCAGCCCAGGACUGCUACCUUCUACUGGUGGUUCAAUAACAGCACAGAGCCACUGAUCACACUGGAUGGGAGCGUGUCGCACAUUUUCACUCAGGAGGGAUCUAACUCUGUCACCGUACAGGUGUCUGCCGGAGGUGCUGUCUUACAGGACGUCAAAACCAUCAUUGUCAAAGAAUUCUUUCGUUCUUUAUUGCUGUCAUUUUCUCCUAACCUGGAAGAGCACAACCCGUCUGUUGCAGAGUGGAGACAGGACGUGGGGCGCGUUGUCAGGGCAACGCUCACUCAGGUUUGUGGGUUCCCUGAGGCCCAGAUGUUGGUUUCUGUGUUUCCUGGAUCUCCAACAGCCGCUGAGCUCUUUAUCCUACCAGACAAGAACCAGUCGGCAUACAGAUCACAUGCAGAGGAACAGCUUGAUAAAAUGUCAGAGGUGCUUGUGAACGCUUUAAACCUGAACCUGAUCCAGUUUGAUUUAAAGCCGGACACGCGGGUCACUGUGUCUUUGUCCCAGCUUACUUUGGCACCCCUGGUUGACUCCACGGCACUCCCCAGUGGUUCUGCCAUGCUGUUACUGGUUUCUUUGGGUCUGCUGGGGUUGGCCAUUCUCUUCAUAUACAAGUUUAAGCGUAAGAUCCCGUGGAUCCAUGUGGAGACCGAGGACACCCAUGAGAAGGAGCCGGAGAUGAUCAGUGCCGUCGGACAGGAGAAGAACGGCACGCAUACGACAGCCACUUCUUCAUUCACACCGUGCAGCAAACACAGCGCGCACACACCGUUUCCAUCGAACCCUGGAACACUCAACAGCUUUAGCCAUCUGCCGCCUCCUAGAGAACUGAUGGAGAAAGAGCUUGAAGCUCAUAACACAGGGGGCCUUGGGGUUGGAGAAAGGCUACGAACCAGACAGAUUCCAAACUGCACCAAUGUCUAAAAUGAUGAAACGAAGACAGAUUCGAUGGUGAAAUAUCAUAAUUUUAUAGAUGUUUCAAGGAACUGACAAUUGUAUAAGAUGCGUAAUUACGGUACGUUUUCACUUUUCCUGUUAUUGUGGUGCUUAUGUAUUUUUACUAUUAUUGUGGUGUUUAAUAUUUGAGCUUGAUAAUCAAUUACUUAACAAAAAGUUACUCAAAAAAAUAUUAUUAAUUGCAGAUGUAAAUAAAAUCUAAAUCUCUAGCGAAAACUGUAGUUAUAUUACAUCAGCACUUGAGGAGUAGUUUUUCUUACAUCAGAUAAUACAAAUAUAUCUGAUCUAUAGACGGUUUUAUGGGACUCACGUGCGUUGCCGCACUUACGUGUUCGGUCCGAAGUUAACUUCCGGUCUGUGUUUGCUUAUCAGUCUAGCUAGUGGCUAAUCUUGAGACCAUUACAAAUACCUUGUUGAAAAUGUAAAAGUUUUGGUUUCCCAAAGACGAGGCGAGCAUUAGCGCUGUGUGGAUAGUGGUUUGGCAGCCAGGCAAGAAUUCAAGGAUCUGUAGCUAAUAGGGGUGUUCAUUACAGUUAAUUACGAUCCGAUACAAAAGAAAAAAAAUCACAUAAAAUCAAGCUUAUGAACGCAAAAGUUUUUUUAGUAUUUUGUGCCAAAAUGUGCAAUAGUGACAAUCCCUGAGGUAGUUUUUUUUAAAAAUAAUUAAAUUGAAAAAUAAAUAAAUAUAAAAAUUUAAGCUGUUAAAGGGACAUUACACUUUUUUGAAAAUAUGCUCAUUUUCCAGCUUCCCUAGAGUUAAACAUUUGAUUCUUACCGUUUUGAAAUCCAUUCAGCUGAUCUCCGGGUAUGAUUUGAGAAGACCAGCAAUGAUGGAAGUAAAUAAACAGCGACUUCUGUUGCAGUUUUAGGUUAAGUCACUCCAAAACUUGGCCAUUCCUUGUUUUCACCGCCGCAAAUGGAAAUAUCUAUGACACAGUUUUUUUAUCUGACGGGAGGGGUUCUGGUGGACCAAUCACAGCACUUGCGGUCCGCGUAGAACUGACGCGCUGUUAAAAUUUUUGCACGUCAGGCUACGCAAAGCUACGCACAGGCUACGGAUAGAAAUUACGCACGACUAUAAAUUGGGCUUUACGACACGAUGUAACUACAGAAGAGUCAAGUUUAAAAUAGGAAAAAUAUUGAAACUCUUUGGCAAUUUUUUUGCCCGAUGCUAAUGGUCUAAUCAGAUUCAAUGGAUUGUGCUAAGCUAUGCUAAAAGUGCAUAGAGCCAGACCCGGAGAUUAGCUGAAUGGAUUUCAAAUCGUUAAGAAUCAAAUUUUUAACUCUAGGGGAGCAUAUAAAAUGAAUAUAUUUUUAAAAAAGUGGAAUGUCCCUUUAAACUAAAACAUUUGAUCUGUCACACAAUAACAGAUCUAACAAGUACUUCAAUGAUCUCUUUUCAGGAGAUUACUAUUUAAAAAAAAAAUUGAUAAUCAAAAUGUGCAGGAGAGAAGAGAUUGUGUUUUUAAGGCACGCUCGUCUUCUGUCUCUUUCGCUGCUACAAACGCUUUGUUGCUGCAUCGCAUAUACUUGCUGAUGCUAGCAGAUAAAAAAAAUGCACGCUAUGGCAGAAGUGCAUAGAUGAACGUUAUGUCAAGUAAUAAGGACGCGGAAAGUGUAAAAAUAAAGGUACAUCAAAUCUAUUUUUAUGUGUGGCAUCGAUGCAUUGGAUUUUUAGAAAUUAAACCGAUGUAUCAAUCCAUAUUGAUGUGUUACACCCCUAGUAGCUAUUGUAUACAUACAUUUUACACAGUAACAAUAGGUCAGCGAGUAGUUGAUAUGCUUUAAUAUAAUUUGAACUAAGGUAAUUUACUUUGCUUGUUAUCAGAAAUAAUCUACUACUUCUUUGAGAAGUCUACCGGAAGUUAAGUUUGGGCCGCAAAAGUCUUUUGCUUAUGUUGUUGCCACUAAAACCGUCUAUACGAUUAUCGUUAACCAAAUUCCUUUUGUAAAUCAUUUUCUGCAUGCUCACUUGUAGAUAUAUUAAGUUAUACGUCUCUCUUUGUAAAAAGCUCACUUUUAGAUAACGAAAUCACAUAGAAGUGAUAUGUUUUUCAUACUGAAACAAUAAUAUGUAAUAAUUUGAAACAUGCUUAUUUAAAACUGUUAACUAGCUUUAUGUAUGUUUUUGAAUUUGGUAGUUAUUCUCAGAUGUAAAUAGUUAAUGAGAUAAGAGGUUAACAGAAGCAAGGUUAGGGUUUUAGAUUUGUCUACAGUAGAUAUACAUGGCACAAAUAGAGGUGGGCACUUUCAUCUGCAGAGACUCCACAGUUUAAAAGCCUCAUCUGCUGAACGUGUUCAUUUGUGCCUUGGAUGUGCAUAUUAAAAUGUCAAAACAUUCUUUCUAUAGUCUUCACAAUACUACAUUACUAGACAUAAUGUAUUACCAUGUGAACGCAUGUUUCAUUGCUGCUAUUGGCUGACAUACAAUUUUAUAUUCUACUGUAAACUCAAGGUCACUUUAA